AUGGAGAAGACCUUGGUCUUCUUGAGAGCAGCUGAUGGUACUGAGGCUGCUGGUCAAGGCAAGUGUGAGCUGGACCAGCUGAAGGGGAGCUACCCGAAGGAGCAAGAAGACACAAGGGGUGAGGGAUCCAGAAUGCUUUCCCCCAGCCAGGGGGUCCCCAAAAGUNNGGCCCGCCUGCGCGAGCUCCGCGCCCGCUCGCGGGUCCUGCUGGCGCUGGGCGCCUCGCAGAUGGCGCUGGGCUGCCUGAUCGUGGCCGUCAGCUUCGCCGCCCUGGCGCUCACCACCUCGGCCCGCGUCCGCCACUCCUGCCCCUUCUGGGCCGGCUUCUCGGUGCUGCUGUCCGGACUGAUCGGUGUGGUCUCUUGGAAAAGGCCCCUGUCCCUUGUGAUAACUUUUUUCAUGUUGCUGUCAGCAGUCUGCGUGAUGCUGAAUUUAGCUGGGUCCAUUCUUUCCUGUCAAAAUGCUCAACUAGUGAAUUCUCUAGAAGGGUGUCAGUUGAUUAAAUUCGACAGUGACAGUGUCUGUGUGUGCUGUGAGUUGCAACACCAGACUUCGGGCUGCAGCCUUGGGGAGAUGUUGAAAUUGAACCCACUGCAGGAGUGCAACACGGUCAGGUUGACCCUCAAGGACCUGCUGUUUAGUGUUUGUGCUCUCAAUAUCAUCUCCACCAUUGUGUGUGCGUUGGCAACGGCGAUGUGCUGCAUGCAGAUGGUCUCGUCCGAUGUUCUGCAAAUGUUCUUGCCGCAGAGGUCUCAUUCUGCCAAUCCGGAUUGCAUGAGCCCUCAUGGGACUAUCCUGCAUCAGACAUUGGACUUUGACGAGUUUAUUCCUCCAAUCCCCCCGCCACCUUAUUACCCACCGGAAUAUACCUGCACACCAGCCGCAGAGACGCAAAGGGCUUUCCACCUGGAUUUUCCACACUCGCCCUUCAGCGCGUUAUACGAGGUGACCAUCAACAGCCCUGGGAUUCUAUACCCAGCCGAGCUGCCUCCCCCUUACGAGGCGGUUGUCGGACAAGCUCCAACUAACCAGGUCACCAGUAUGGAACAGCAAAUCACGGAGUCCAACUUGGGAGAGCGAAAUGCAGCAACAGUUCCUGUGUCUAGUCCUCACGUGGCUGCCUCUACUUGCCAGGACUCCAGGAACCGUCUUGUGCCAACCGGAAAACCAAGGGACCCCCCAAAAGCCGAACUUUCCCAGAAGCCAAAAGUCAUACUGAGCAUCUGCAAAGAGCGGCCCCACUCCUUGGUGGACCUACAGGCCUACAAGGACACUAAGAUUCUGGUGGCCAAAUUUUUGGAACAUUCGAACUGCAACUUGACCCCAGAAGUGCGCCACGUGGUCAACAGGAUCCGGUCUGUCAUCAAGUCUGAUGAACGGUACAUGGAAGAAGCCAUCUUUAGUGCCAACAUCAUUGAUCAGGUCAUCAUGGGCUCCCAGCAGAAUGUGGAUACCUCAAGAAAGCGGCUUCAGGAAGACCUCCAUCUCCAGAGCUGUGGAGCCCUAAGCUCUCCCGUUGCCUUCUUACGCAGGGCCCCCGUCACUCAUGCCUUUGAAAGAGGAAGACCCCACAGUUUAAUUGAAGUGUGCCGAGAGACCAUCCUUUGACAAUGAGCCUUUUGCUCUGCUGAGGAAU